GGGGGGGGGGGGAUUUCAAAUAAAACAACAGUAUUUUUGAUGCGAGAAGUCAAUUUUUCUACUCUCAAAUUUUGGUCGAAGAGAGGAAAAUGAAAAUGAUCUGACCCAAGUGAAGCGAGAGCGAAAACUAUUGAAAAUUUUAUUGGCAAUUCUUUCAUUUUCCCUGCUUACACUAUUUCUUCCCAACUUUUCUAACUUGAUUCGCCUAUAUUUUUCUGUAUGACCAAAAAUUGCAGGUAGUUUCGUUUUCCAGUAGUUCCUACCAAAAGCAUUCAUCGUGUGCGUUGGUAGGCUACUGAUAGUGAGUACUGAAUGAGUCAUUUAAUUUUACUAUUUUGUUUUUUUCUUUCUCGAAUAAUAUUUAUAGUGGUUUCAAAUAAAUAUCUAAAAAUUGCACUUGACGCGACGUUAUUUGUAAACAAUAAAAAGAUACAGGUGUAGGUAGUAGAUACCAUUAACAUUCGAAUGAGUUUUGAUGUCAUACAAUUCCAAAUGUUCUAGCGAGUGUUUAAAAAUGCAUUCAACACGUAAUAUUUUGCAAUUUUUGUUAUUGUGCAAUCUUAAUGCAGUUCUUUUCUGCUAUACGAGUAGUAUUUCAGCUUUUGAUCACUCGCUCGUUCCGGAAGUGGAAAAACACUUGGAAAAUGUAAUAGAUACAACCAAGGUUUCUGUAGCGAAACAUUUUAUUAAUACUGCCUUUAAGUCUUUCAAACCACUGACUGUGUCUACCACAUUGGAUGAUACUUGUCUAUUAAACCAGACGAAAACGUCGCUUGACGUGUCCAUUGUUGAUUUAAUUAACUUUGUAAAAGUGAGUGGAGGUGUAUUGGGCCUGGAUAGUUUCAAAUUCUACAAGUUCUCGUUGAUUUGGAAAAGUGCACCGUGUAAUGCAACUCAUAAUUUGGAAUCUCAAGUCUUUAUUUUCAAUUCGAAAUAUGGCUCGUUUGAAAGAGCCAUGGAUGUGCCUGGUGCUGCAGUCGUUAUGAAGUUUCCGAUCGGAACCAACAGUGAUUUCUCUAAUCCAAAGUUCGACUACUUGGGCAAGGUAAUAGAGAAUAAAAUAAAAAAACCAGGGGACUGGACUAAAAUUCAAAGUAAAUUUACGUACACGUGGUUUGUAAAUUUCCCUUACGGCAGUAUUUACCAUUCGUACACAGCCAAAUUAAUCGAUGUUGAUUCUGGAAAAAAAUACAUCGCUACUGUUAUCGAGUUACCGAUGGAUCCUCGUGUGAAUUAUAUUUCACAGGAUCAGUUCAAAAUACUGGGGAAAAUUCUGAGUCCGAAUUCUAUGCUUGAAGAGAUCCCCCUGACUCAUAGAGAAACACAUAAAGGAAUUUGCGUAUUAUACUUGUCAGUUUAAUUUAUACUUAUUGCUUAAGCUGAGUAGAUAUGAGGUGAUAUAUAUUUUCGAAUUGGAUUAUUUGUAAAUAAAUCUUAAACCAUAUUUUUUUUUUUUAAAUUAUGGCUCUUUUCCACUGUCAGUGAUUAGCUUCAAAUUUAUUUUUCAACCGUCAUUCGUUUUUCCUUCGAUUGUUAAAUACAUAUUCUAUUGUUGCA